UCCCGGCCAAUGAGCGGGCGGGAGGCGGCGCUAGCCUGGCGCAAAAGUGCGGGCGGAGGACGGUGGUGGCGCUCGGAAGUAGGUAGCUCGGUGGAGCGCGCCUUGCCUCGCCUAGCCGACAGACGCCGCCCUGUCCCGGCCGAGGAUGAGCAGCAACCAGUUCAACAAGGGGCCCAGCUACGGCUUGUCCGCUGAAGUCCGGAACCGGCUUGCCCAGAAGUACGACCCCCAGAAGGAGGGACAGCUGCAGGUAUGGAUAGAAAGCAUCACUGGGAGAGAGAUUGGCCCCGAUUUCCAGAAGGGGCUGAAAGAUGGCGUCGUCCUUUGCGAGCUAAUGAACAAACUGCAGCCUGGUUCGAUAAAGAAAAUUAACCGCUCAGCACUCAAUUGGCACCAGCUGGAGAAUCUCUCUAACUUCAUCAAAGCCAUGAUUAGCUACGGCCUGAAGCCUGUCGACGUCUUUGAAGCCAACGAUCUGUAUGAGAGUGGAAACAUGACCCAGGUCCAGGUGUCGCUGUUGGCCCUGGCAGGCAUGGCCAAGACAAAGGGGAUCGACAGUGGUGUGGAUAUUGGGGUGAAGUAUUCGGAGAAGCAGGAAAGGUGCUUUGACGAUGCCAAGCUGAAGGCAGGGAACUGCGUCAUUGGUCUGCAGAUGGGCACCAACAAGUGCGCCAGUCAGUCGGGGAUGACGGCCUAUGGCACCAGGAGGCACCUCUACGACCCCAAGAACCAGAUCCUGCCUCCAAUGGACCACUCCACCAUCAGCCUGCAGAUGGGCACCAACAAAUGUGCUAGCCAAGUGGGCAUGACGGCUCCAGGCACCCGGAGGCACAUCUACGAUUCCAAGUUGGGGACGGACAAAUGCGAUGACAGUUCCAUGUCGCUCCAGAUGGGCUACAACCAUGGGGCCAACCAAAGUGGGCAGGUUUUUGGGUUGGGCCGCCAAAUCUAUGACCCCAAGUAUUGCCCCCAAGGCAACCCUGGUGAUGCAGCCAACGCGGCCCAUAAUGACGGGAACUCGGCUGAAUAUUACUACUAUCAGGAAGAGGAGCAGUGAGCCUGGGAAAAUCAGAGGGGUCAGAGGAAAACCAAAUGGGACAGGGGAAAACCAGUCUUCCCUUGUCCCCUCCAUCCUUGGUUCUUCACCGUCUCCCCUUUUCUUCAAUCACCGUGGUACAGUUCCUUGUUCUUGAUGCCACAGAUACUGCAAUAUAUGUAUUUGCAACUCUUCUUUUAAAAAAGAGAAUCUCUUCUCUACAUAUCGUCCCCCCCCCCUUUUAAUACAAAGAUGAAUAAAGGUCUUUAGUUCUUUUUUUAAAGAAAGGGAGUCAGGUUGAUCCUUAAGGUGCUGUGGGCCAGAUCCAGGGCUAUGUGCCCAUUCUCUUCUCCCCGCCCUAAAAUCUCAUCUAGUUUCUGGGAGUUAAUACAUUUGGGCUUGUAAUCCACAGAGUAGACCCAUUAAAAUGAAUAGGCAUGGCUAACAUAGUUCCAUUCAUUUACAGCGGGAUUUACUCUGAGUGAAACCUAGCUGGAUACAACACUUGAUGGAAAACGGGAUUCUUUUGGUUGUAUCUAAUGUUAGUCCUACUCAGAGUAGACCCAUUGGAUUUUAACCAACCAAGUUGGAGUAGGCCCAUUGAAUGUAUUGGACCCAACUUAGUUAUAUUCAUCCACUUCAAUGGGUCUGCUCUGAGUAGGGCUAACGUGGGAAAUGGCCCAUUGAAAUUAAUGAACAUUACUAAGUUAGGUCUGUUAAUUUCAGUGGGUCUAUUGAAUACAGCCCUUCGUUCAGCAACCUGAGCAAAUUGGGGAAAAUUACAUGUGUGUGGUUUUCUUUGUAUAAUUUUACUCUGGCUUUGCUAGACAUGUGAAGCAACAAGGAGCUAUGCUCAACCUGAGUUACCACUCAUAUGCACUCUCUACCUUAGAUCACUGGAAAUCUCCUAAUGCCCAUGUCCCCAGCUUCUCUAGCUACAGGAAACUUGUUAUCUUCCACAUAUCUUUGGUGGUUGAAAUUCUAUAGCCUGUAUAUACAAUUCUUUUGACUUGGUGGUCUUGUGGCUAGGGACAAGGAGCUGUAUGGGCACCAAGGCUCCUGUCCAUCCCAACCUGGAGUGGUCUCACUCGUCCCUUAUGAGGCUGUUGGUCAGUGGUAGAGUGGCUAGCUUGCACACCACAGGUCCCAGGUUCAAAGAACCCGGCAUGCAUUGUCCACAGCCAUAGGGUCUACAAACUUGCACAGACGGGUGGGCUUUUUUAAUUGGAAGUUGACUUGCCAAUCUUCCUGUACCUUCCUAUUCUAGUCUUUUGUGCUCAUGUGAAAUUGUGGUGCCCACACAAUCCUACAAAUUGUCCUGUUUUGAAGAAAUAUUGCUGCUACAAAGUACAUCUGAUGGUUGUCUUGCUGGAAACUGAACUGUGCAUAUUGAUGACUAUUUGCAUGCUCUUUAUUGGAGUAUUCUCAGAAUGAAUGCCGUUUUGUCUUUGCGAGGGAUAUUGACAAUCAUGGAGGCCCUGUGUACAAGCAAGUGACAAACUAGUAAACAGAAUAUAAAUGGAGAAUGCAAAGGAGUGCGCACUGCAAGGACAUUGAAAUGCCACUGGUUUUGUGAACAAUACUUAUUUUAUUUUUUCCUAAGUAAUGAGUACUAGAACCUUGGGGGGGGGGAGCUGAGUGUUCUGAAAUCUGUAUCAGAUUUUGCACCAAAGCUGUAUGUUGGACUUGUACAAGGUAAAUAUCAACGAUUAUCAAUUUUUAUCUAUAGCACUUGGAAAGAGUUCUGUGGCUUAAUUCAUCCAUGUGCCUUCAUUGCAAAAGAUUAAAACUCUUGUCGCCUGGCUGACCAGAUGUUUAGUUGAGGCUAGCAUUUGCGAUCUGCACACUUGCCAGUUCCUAGCUGUCAUUGUCACAUGAAAGGUGAUGGCAGGGUAGGAUUUUUAAUUUAUUUUUUUGGAAGGCUAGCUGAGUGUAACUAUCGUCCAUAUGUUUUUAAGAUUUGAUUCUGCCAGGGUCGCUAUUGCUGCAGGCUGUGUACAUGGUGUUUGGGAUGGUGGUAGAGGUUUUGUAUUUCUUGGAGGUGAUGGUUGAUGAGGUCUAGCAACUUGAAAAGGCUUUCAGGGUUAGACCUGUCUUUUCUCUUCUACUUAACAAAGAGGCCUCUUCCUGCUGCAACACAACUUGUCAAGGGACCAAGAAUUCUUUCAUAUGCCAAAGUAAAACUCUUUUUUUUAAUAGUUACAAAAAAGUGAGCAUUUACAUAAUACUUAAGUCAAGAGAGACACUGAUUUAUUUUUGUUCUGGAGAUUGCUGAGGGACCAGUAUUUUUAAAAAAUGUGUGCACAUCUUAAUCUUUUUGUAAGUAUUCCACGGUAGCCUUAAUUUCUCUUUACAGUGUCACAGAUUGCUGGCCUCUGGAAGUUGCAGUUUGGCAAGAUCUAGAAGGCCAUCGGUUCCUCAUCCCUGUCUUUGCUUGCACCCAUGAAGUCAUCCUCAAAAGUAGACCCAUGAACUCAAGUCAUGUCACUUGGUUUCAAUAUGUCUACUCAUAGGAUACAACCCACUGGAUGGUAUUCAGUACUGGACCUGAUCAGAGUAGACUCAUUAAAGUUAAUAGAAACUGAUUACUUAGGUUCAUUAAUUUCAGUGGGUCUCCUCUGAGUAGGACUUAGCUGAAUGGAGCCUCCAGGAGUCAGAGUUGUUCAGAUCUCUGACCUAUUUCUCUGCAGAGACCAUUUCCAAUUCCGGAAGGGUUAGGCUGUCUAAAAUGACUUCACUUCUCUUGUCUGCGAACUCUUGUGGCAGCUUAAAGACUAAUCAUUUUGUCCCAGGAGGCCAAUUCCAGCCCCCUGGAAUUUGAAUGUUUUUAGCAAGGGUUUUUUAUUUCAUUUACAAAAGUCUUGCCUCCUGGUUCAGGGACAGGGAAUCUGGUGCCCUCCCCAGGAUGGAGGGCUACAGCGUCCAUCAUCCCUGAUCAUUGGCCAUGCUGAUUGCUGGGAGUUCCAGUCCAACAGCUGGAGGGCAGCAGGUCCCUCAUCUCUACUAAAAUUUAAACCAGGGAUUGGACCUCUGGAGGUCAUUGGAGUGACUUCACGUUUCCCCCAUCUCUGCUUUAAAACUACAGCCUGAUUCUGUUCUUUUAAAAGCCUUUCUCCCCGUGAACAUGGCUUGUUUCUUGUUAAUGUUCUCCCUUUUUAAACAUGGAAACUGGACAGCCCCCCCCCCCACAAAAAUAAACCUGUAUGGAUACAGCUUUGCCUGGGGAGAGGAGAGCUUGCUGUCUUUAUCCUGUGAAAUGGCUGUGGGACUAAACUAGGACAAAAUGUGAAGCUGCAAUAUUUGAAUAUAAGGAAUAAAAAUGCUUCAAAAGCAAAACAA